CGUGUAGUUGCAAUCGUCUAGCGGAUUGUCAACCCUAUAACCGAUCCAUUAGCACUUUAUUGGCACAAUUUCCCUCACACAUACACAGUGUCUUGUCAUCAGCUCUCAUAAAGCCAAUCGAAGAGCUUCGUAUUUCCAAUUCCCUCUCCGGCUCUCCCCUUCUCACUGCAGUCAAAAUUCCCUUAUCUCAUUAUCAAGAUAUGGCUGACAACGGUGGUCAAGUUAGUGAUAGAAGUUCGGGAAACAUUCAUGUUGUGCUCAAUGAAAGAAUUCUCUCUUCUAUGUCACGGAGAUCUGUUGCUGCUCAUCCAUGGCAUGAUCUGGAAAUUGGGCCAGGAGCACCAGCAAUUUUCAACUGUGUGAUUGAAAUUGGAAAAGGCGGCAAAGUUAAAUAUGAGCUUGACAAAGCCAGUGGCCUUAUCAAAGUUGAUAGAGUUCUCUACUCAUCAGUUGUCUAUCCACACAACUAUGGUUUCAUACCGCGCACCAUUUGUGAAGACGGCGAUCCCAUGGAUGUUCUGGUCCUGAUGCAGGAACCUGUACUACCUGGUACUUACCUGCGUGCACGUGCAAUUGGAUUGAUGCCCAUGAUAGAUCAGGGUGAAAAGGAUGACAAAAUAAUUGCCGUAUGUGCUGAUGACCCUGAGUUUCGCCACUAUACGGACAUAAAGGAACUUCCACCACACCGCCUUGCUGAAAUUCGCCGCUUUUUCGAGGACUACAAGAAGAAUGAGAACAAGGAAGUUGCAGUAGAAGACUUUCUACCUGCUGAAGCAGCAAGUGAUGCCAUCAAGUACUCAAUGGAUCUGUAUGCUUCCUACAUUGUCGAAAGCUUGAGGCAGUGAUUCGCUCAAAGCCUUUUCAAGCACAGAUGUGUAUGUUAACAAGAUUAGGCAAAAGAAGCUGAUAGUCUUUUUACAGUAUAACCAUUUAACCUCAUAACAAUUUUACGUAUUCUGUUUCUCUUUGUCUUGGGUAUACGAUCGUACCCGUGUGGCAUUA